UUUUCCUUCAAGCUUAUUCAAUACUGGAUACUAAAAGCCGGGUGUAGUUAAAAAGAUAGUAUUCUUUGUAACUCAACUUGAAAUUAGUCUGAAGACAACGUAAAAUAAAACUUUUUCACAUUUUAGUUAGUAUAUACUAGGUCUGCAAUAAAAUAAUUAUAAACUGUUAUUUUAUGAAAGGGAUAAAGGAUAAAGGCAAGAGUUCAAACUCGUAAAAAUCAAUAAAAAAUAUUUAUACGCUAGCAACUCUGCACACUGCCUGCCCGGCAAAGGAAAAUAUUUAGGUUAUGUCAGAAGGUCGCAUGAAAAGCGCGUAAACACGAAUAAAUUAUAAUUUUGUUCUUCAACCAAAAAUUUCUUUGAAUUCUACAAUGCGUUUUACAAUUAAAAAAGCAAAUCUGAGUGGUGAACGUAUCGGCACUCUGACAGGAUUCAUGAAAUCUCCGAAUACUGUAAUUGAAACACCUACUGCUGCUUUGCUUACUCAGGGUGGCAGUGUAACCCACCUCACAAGUGAAGUGCUAUCCAAAGUGUUUACAACCCCGCAACUGCUGUGGGUACCUCUAUCUAACUCUGUACAAAUGGAACCAGGUCUGAAGGCCCAAGGUCAAGGUAUGGCCAAGUUUUCAGGUCUCUCAGAGCACAUAAUCUGUGUGACCCAGCAUAACAUGAGUGAGGUGACUCCUCCAGGGCACUUUGAACUGGAGAAAGUACCUCUUUGGACUAAGAAUGAAAAAAUGAUAACUGCGGACAGGUAUAUGGAUUUGAUGGAACUGUACCAACCAGAAAUAUUUUUGGCGAUUGCAGAUGGCCGAACAGCGCUAAAUGAAGGGUAUAAGCGAGUACUAAAGUCGCUUGAUAGAAGCUGUAAUAUGUUUGAUACCUGUGUGCGUCGAUAUAAGGCCUCAACACAGCUCCAAAACAGUGCCCUCGUAGGGGUAGUCGUGGCUUCAGGGUUGUCAAAAAAACGUGAUGAAAGUCUCGAUCACAUAUUAAAAAGCAAAGACUCUCUGAGCGGUGUAGCUUUAGCAGGAUUAACAGAUGGAACAGAAGAAGCAAAUAAAAUAGCAGCAAAUAAAUUAGAAAAUAUACUACAUACUAUGGGUAACGCGAUACCAAAUGAUCUCUUAAGGAUAGUAGAAGGGUGUUGGAAUCCAGCACUCAUAAUGAUAGCUAUAGAACACGGGUGGGACCUGUUCGACGGCGCCUACGCAACUAAGCUUAGCAACGCGGGUCACGCCUUAACUCUCAACUUUUAUACGGAGAAUGAGAGUCGGGAACUCUGUAUUCUAGAUCUGAAUGACGAGAGGUUUAAAGAAGAUUUUAGUCCGGUUUUAUAUGGGUGUGAAUGUUUAACUUGUAAGAAACAUACGCGGGCGUAUAUACGUCAUCUACUAAACACAAGGGAGAUGCUGUCAUCGGUUUUAUUGAGCAUCCACAAUCUCCACCACUUCGACCAGCUAUUCCGCCACGCCCGUCUACACAUAGCUGGCAACACAUUCCAUGUUUACAAGAAACACAUCAUCAAACAGUACGAGGCCUUCAAGAAGUACGAAGCAGCCAACGGCGUCAUCAUCAACGACUCGGACAAACCCUUCAACGGUAUAACACAAAUAAAGAAGAAAAUCAAAGUGAGUGACGACGAACUGCCCACUAUUAAACUAGUUAACGGUAGUUAAUUAUAGUUAUAAAUCGUACCUUUGUUAGAAUAAUUAAAAUUAAAACAAUAAUUUAUAUUUACGUAGAUAAUAUUUGGUAUCGGAUUUCUUUACCCUAUGUGGCGGUCUAAUCGAUCUGUUUUGGUUUUACACCGCAAGUCUCCGAUGUUUCUUAAGAGUUUUGUCUCAAACUUUCGAAUUAAAUUAUUUAUCUGUAUCGGAGAUAUUUGUCUUACUGAAUAAACUGCGCAGUAUGUAACGCACACAUACACCUCUCUCUCUGUAUGUGUAAUUGCGUAAUGACUCGCCGUCUAUUCAGAUGCAAUUGUUUUAUUACAAGAUGGCCGUCCACAUGAAAUUUGAUUCGGUGGUAAUUGUAGAGACCAUUUUCACUUGACUUCUUGACUUUCGACAAUCGACAGACAAAAUUAUGCUGUAAAGCGACUGAAAUAGAGCCUAAAUUCCAAUUAUUUGUACACUUUUUUUGUGGGUUGAAAGAUUUUAUCGAUAGAAUAAAUCGUCCUGUCGACGAGUUAAAGCUGAAAAUGGUCUAUUAGUCUAGACAUUUUUUUAUUAUUCCCAAUGUUAUUUUGUGAUAGUAUAAUCAUGUGAUUAGAACCAAAAAAUAUCACUGGUAUUGUGAUUUUAAAUUGUUUUCAAUUAUGUUUAUUUGUUAAAUCGUUUUCGGUUGAAUUUGUACGGCGCGGCCGCCUUAAUAAUCGGGUUAUGUUUUUUUACACACUUUAAGUGUAUUUAAUACCUCGUAUAUUUAAGUUUACUUCACAUUUUCCUAUGUAUUUAAUGACACACUAGCCUAGUGCCUUGACUUCAUGUCCAUGUCAGUUAUUUUUCUAUGGCUAACAUUCUACAAAAUAAAACAAUAUUAUCGCCGAAGUUUUGUAUCUAGAAAACCAAUGCAUUAUGUCUUAUCGAGACCUUGUCGUAAUCGACAGUUUGCAAUACUGGUAAGGAUAAAAAAUAUGUUGAUAUCGGGUAUUUAUUUGGGAUGCAACCUUUAUAUGAAAAAUCAAAACGGUACACCAAUUAAAAUGAAAAUUUAUAUUUAUUGAUUUCUGUUACCAAACUAGAACCAUUUCUGGCUGUUUUUUUUUUAUUAAUUUUUUGGUGCAUGUCUUAUAUUUAAUGUACUUAAAGGUAUAAUAACUUAAGUAAUUCUAAUGAAUAAGAUUCGAAACUUUUUAAUAUGUUGCUAUUGGUGUUCUAUUUUUUAAGAUGAUUUAAUGAAGCGUGCAUUUGUUAAGCCGCUGAUACAAAAUUGGUUAUACGUUUGAUGUUAUGUAAAAUUAGAGAAAAAGAUUAUUCUGCGGCAAAUCAAAUAGUUUCAUACACAAAGACAAACAAAAGAUAAACUUGAUCUCUUUCGUUCUCUUCAAAAAAAAUAUAGUGGAAUAGAAAACGGUAGUUACAAGUAGGUUUUAAUCAACGCGUCUUACCUCAUUCAAUGGUUUCUUAAUACUUACGAUUAAACCAUAAGGCUUGGUGCAUUUUGUCUGUAUAUAUGUGAAUUUGCUCAUUCACCAAACCGAGGUUGCCUUAGACAUAUUCAAAGGAAGGUUGAAUUUAGCUAGGGACCAGUGUAGUUCUUUUUGUAGCUAAAUUUAUAAACCUGUUGUUGCUUGCCGACUAUUGUAAUAAAAAAAUAAGCAUAAAAUUUGCUCAGGUAAAAAAAUAUCAUUCAUUUUUUCAAAUUUCUGGUUUUAUGAUUCCCGCAAAUUAUUAAUAGGCUGAGGUAUCCUCAAUUAUUAAGAACAACAUUAAAAAUGGCCGGAAGGUCUAAGUAAUAUUUAUCGUGAAUGUGGAAAAGAGAUGCCACUCUACGCUUUGUAUAGCGCUGUCACACUUCCACAUCCAUGAAAUAGUGCUAGGCCCCUGGUGCAAGCAAUUCGCGCAUGUAGUAACUGUUGCUAUUGUAUACUUACGACAUAACGUGUUGCUUAUUCCUAGUUAAAAUAAUUAGUUAAUUUUUGUUUUAUAAUUUUAGUGGUUUUAAUAAUUGAAUAAUAAUUAAGCGUUAUAUUAUUAACCUCGCAUAAAAUGUACGGUAUUAUAAAGAACCGUGUUCACAGUGUGACUGUUAGACCAUUAUUUAUUUAUUUAUGUAUUUAUAAGAACGAACUCCGGUUUUUAGAAGCUUUAUACAAUUGGUUUCAUUUCAAGUGUGCCGAUAAGAUUGGCAACUGUAAUAUUCAAAUCUGCAAGUCUUUCCUUGUUAUUUAAGUUAUAAAAGCUUCUUCAAACUGGAUGUCUUAAAUAAGUUAACAUUUAAGCGACAAAACAACGAUUUUGAUGUUUAGGUCAUUUUCACUAGUUCAGACCACCUAACUAAAACCUAAUCAAACGAUUCAAUAGAAAUACCUCUUUAAUGACAGGCCGUAUUCUACCUUAUGUACAAAAAAUAAAUAUUUAUUCUCAAAUCCAUUAAGAAUACGGUCUCAUUACUAAACACAACUCACCUAAAAAAAGUUCUUGUAUCUGCCGAAAUCGAUUAAACUUAAAUCGAUAACAAUCGAUUCAACUUUCAUCGAUGGCAUUAAAAAUGAGUGAAAAUGUCCUAACAAGAUAUACCUAAAAACUAAGUGACGCUUACUCUUGUUACCUGCCUACCUACAAUAGAUAAAUCGUGUUAAAUAUUUAUAACGUAUGUAUUCCGCCUGUGUACCGUACAUGUAGCUUUACUGUAAUAGUACAAUUAAAUAUACUUAAUUUUAAGAUA